UGGCAAUACUUAAUUCUGCUAUCUUACGCGCAAUCCAAGGAAUGAACGUGCGGUGUGUCGUGUCACGUUCUCGAACCUCAAAAAAGACUCCGCUCUGGUGAUUAUUCGUCUAGAGAGUGACUUAGAAAGACUCUUUCUCCCGGGUAAGAGAAUGAAUAAUCAUCAUCGGGCAUUGCGUAAGCUGAUACUCGCAAUGUCGGCGAGUCUCCUCCUUCUUCUGGCCACUCUGGGCCACGUAGCCGGCUCAGGGGUGUUUCAGAUCCGCGGUAUCCCGGUGGCGAAGAACUCGCUGUACCGACCAGACCGUGACUUCGAGUGCCUGGACGGUAGCCGGCUGAUACCUUUCACGUGGGUCAACGACGAUUUCUGCGACUGCGGAGACAGCAGCGAUGAACCUGGGACGGCGGCGUGCGCCAACGGCUCGUUCUACUGCGAGAACGCCGGACACAAGCCGAUCUACAUUCCGUCAUCCUGGGUAAAUGACGGCGUGUGCGACUGCUGUGACAUGAGCGACGAAUACGCGUCUAAGACACGCUGUGUCAACAACUGCGGCGAGUUGGGCCGGGAGGCCCGGUUGGAGCAGCAGAAGACGGAGCAGCUGGCGCGAGAUGGUAACAAACUGCGCCUGGAACUGGUCACCAGGGGCAAGACGAUUAAAGCGGAGCAGCAGUCGCGCCUAGCGAAGCUGAGGACGGACUACGAGGAAGCGGAAUUAAUGAAGAAGGAGAAGGAGAUCCUGAAGACGCAGGCGGAGGAACGGGAGACUCUGGCAUUGGAAAAGUACAAGCCUGUUGAACAAGAGCAACAAGAAACGGCGACGGAGGAGAGGACUGGCGAGGAAGAAGAGGAAUCGAAAGAAGUUUCUGAAGCGGAGGAUUAUUUUAAGAUACUGGAUUCAGAUUCGAGUGGCACGAUAACCCUGGCGGAGUUGCAAACCAGGGCUACGUUUGAUAAAGAUAGAGAUGGAGCUGUAUCGGAGGAAGAAGCACUGUACUUCCUUAAUAAUAAGAAGGAAAUCGGUCUGCUUGAAUUUGUAGAUACUGCGUGGGCAAACAUAAAACCUUUCUUAAUGUUGGAGCAAGGUAUGUUUAAAGCGGCAGAAUCUAAAAAGGAAACCGAUGAGCAACAGCCUUUGGAUGAUCACGAGAGGGAAGAAGACGAAGAAGGAGAACUCGCGGACGAAGAAGAGGGAGCUGUCCCUGAAGAGGAGCAGGAGAAGGAACCGCAGGAACCAGAAGUGCAAUACGACGAAGAAACACAGGCACUUAUCGACGAGGCCAAUAGCGCUCGCGAACGUUUUCAGGAAACCGUUAAGGCAGUCAACGAGUUGCAGUCCGAGAUCAGAGAGCUGGAGGAGAAAGUUGAUCGCGAUUACGGGCCGCAAGAAGAAUUCGCGUCGCUCGAUGGCGAGUGCUUCGAAUUUGGCGACUUAGAAUACAUCUACAAGCUGUGUUUGUUCGGCAAAACGACGCAGAAGUCCAAGUCCGGUGGUAGUGACGUCAAUUUGGGUCACUGGUACGAUUGGGCAGGACCGGCUGAUAACAAAUACAUAAAGAUGAAGUACGAUCGAGGUCUCACUUGCUGGAACGGCCCGGCACGUUCCACGAUCGUCACCCUGAUGUGCGGGAUCGAGAACAAGCUCAUCUCGGUGGCGGAACCGAGUCGUUGCGAGUACGCGAUGGAAUUCUCCACGCCAGCGCUCUGUAAUCCUAGUUCGGUAGACGCGGACAAGCACGACGAACUGUAAAGUUAUUACUGCGUUAGUAUAAAAAGAAAAUUAAAACGCUCGCGCACGUGAUCAGUCGCACGUACAAUGUGAAUCGUCAAGCAUUUCUGCUUUUCGUGGAUUGCGAGACGUGUUACAAGGAUCGAUAAAGCAACGUUGGACAAACCGUUUCGCAGAUAUUUCCACAAUUGCAAUAGUAAUGUUAUAUACAAUAAUAGCGGUUGUAUAAUCAUGUUUAUUUUCCUCUUUACUUUAAUAGAUAUUUUUAAUUCGAAUUAAGACGUACACCACACGGUUUUUUUCCUAUUAUUUUUCUUCUAUAAUAUAGCUAGUGAUAAAUAAGCACCUAAAGGUGAUAAGAAAGUUGAUAAAUGUUUCCAGGUGCUAUCGCGUAUAGUAUUUUAGUAUCAAUAUCUUUGUAUAAACUCAAGAAGGUAAAAUUGUAAUAUUAAGGAUAAAAACAUAUUGACAGUCUA